CCCCGCACCCGCGCGCGCGCUGCCAUGGAUCCCGACUCCGAGAUCAGCUUCGACUUCCAGCCCUUCCUCUGCCAGUACAAGAGCGGCCGCGUCUUCCGCUACCGCAGCAAUGCCACCGUCCCCGCCGGCGCCGACCCCGUCACAGGCGUCGUCUCCAAGGACAUCCACGUCGGCGCCGCCCGAGCGCGCGUCUACCUCCCGCCCGACGUGGCCGCGUCCGAUGCCAAGCUCCCCGUCAUCCUCUACUUCCACGGCGGCGGCUUCGUCGUCGGCUCACCCGCCGGCACCGCCAACCACGCGUACCUCAACGACCUCGUCGCCCGCGCCGGCGCCAUCGGCGUCUCCGUCUACUACCGCCUCGCGCCGGAGCACAUGCUCCCCGCGGCGUACGAGGACGGCUGGGCGGCCGUGCGGUGGGCCGCCACGCGCGGGGACGGCGCGGACCCGUGGCUGCUCGAUCACGCCGACCUUUCCCGCGUGUUCCUCGCCGGCUGCAGCGCCGGCGCCAACCUCGCGCACAACAUGGCCAUCCGCGCCUCCGCGGCCGGCGCGCUGCCGAAGGGAGUCACCAUCCGCGGCCUCCUGGCCGUGCACCCGUACUUCACCGGGAAGGAGGCCGUGGGCGCGGAGGUGGACUUCCCCGCGGACGUGAGGGAGCACAUGGACCGCACCUGGAGGUUCGUGUUCCCGGGAUCGCUGGGGCUGGACGAUCCACUCGUGAACCCGUUCGUCAACGACGAGGCGCGCGCCGCCGUCGCCAAGAUCUCGUGCGAGCGCGUGCUGGUGUGCGUGGCCGAGGCCGACGUCCUGCUCAAGGAGCGCGGCCUGUGGUACUACCGGGAGCUCAAGGCGAGCGGCUACGCCGGCGACCUGGACCUGUUGGAGUCCAAGGGCGUCGGCCACGGGUUUCACAUGGAUAUGCUCCACUCCGAGGAGGGCGUCAAGCUGCAGAAGCGCACCGUUGAAUUCAUCAGGAAAUGA